GGGCGAAGCAGGCAGUGUUGUCAGAAGCGGGCCAGGUUUUAUCGGGAUCAGAAGUGAUCGGGGAGAGAGAAACCGCGCGAGAAGUGCAGGAGCAAACGUUUGUCUGGUUAAUUGAAGUGAGUGCUAAUUCGCCAUGCCAACCUACAUCGAAUUCGAGCUUCUCAACAACAACGAGAUCGCGAAUAGAAGCUUGGGCUUUGUCGUAGGCGAGGAGAACAGCGACGGUUACCUCCUGACGAUACUCAGGUUGGCAAUCGUGUCCCUCGGUUUACCCUUAAACUUGGUAGUGGUGGCAGUGAUAAUUGGCAGUAAUCGAUCUAUGCGCACUGCUUCCAACUGCUACGUCAUCAGCAUAGUGAUCUCGAACCUCAUAGUGACCGUCCAGAUCCUCCUGGACGUCCUGAAGCAAUGGAUCAAAUUCUGCUUCCACACUAACGGCGUCUACGUCGCCUACUUGACCCUGGAGGCUUCGGUUCUGACCUUGGUCAUCUUCGCGCUCGAACGAUACGUCGCACAUUGUCAUCCGAAAUCGCAGCCCGGUCCGGAUUUCGGAUUUUCGCAGGGUGCCAAAGGGGUCCUUGUAAUUUGGGCGAUGGCCGCGACCUUCGCUGCGAUGGAACUCAACUUGAAGUUCCAUUUUCUUACCAGCAUCCAGGGCCUCAUAUUCCUCGCUUCGACCGCUAUGUUCCUCGUUCUUCCCACCCUCUUGAUCAUCACUCUGGGUACAUUCGUGCUGAUCGAUACCGGCAGCUUCGAGAACACCGCCGAAAACGACGCUACCAGGGUUUUCGUGGCCCUCGGUGCGGUUUUCUAUGUCAGCAUGGCUCCGUAUCGGAUGGUGUCCUUGGUCCGCUUUAUGGCUCCAACGUUAUGCUGUUCGCAAACUAUACUCGACGCCAGCUACUUGAUCGUCGAAUUAUCUGCGGCGGUUAACCCGAUACUCUACGCCCUCGUAUCCAGGCAUUUUCGAGCCGCGUUUAAGGAAACGCUUUACGGGUUUUUUGCCGGCCGUGGACCGACGAUUACCACUCAGAUCCUGUGAUCCUAACAAUCGUGGAUAAGACGGAGGUUGAAGGGUUUACAGUCGCAAACCACAGCUGCCUCGAAAAAAAAAAAAAAAACCGACGAAUUUCGAGACGGAUCGAAGAAGGAACGGCAGUUAAUAAUGGCAAUCGGCUUCCUUGGAAGAUAAUGUUGAAAGGAAUUCCACGACGAUUCGUUACUCUUUCUAUUCUAUCGUAUUCGCAAAAGAAUAUUGAAAUCUGUGAGUGUGAUUGACGGACAAAGAAAAAACUUGAUUACAAAAUCUUAAGAACUGUACUCGAAACUAUGUGUAAUAUCAACAAGAGCAAAUUGAUUCUUCUAUUUAAUCUCCGAAUGAACAACAUAUAAUGUAUAUACUAUAUAUGCAUAGUCUAAUUGUAUUUAAACAUUCCCCGAAUUUUUUGCGUAUACGACGACGUGAAUUGCCAUUAUACAAUACGAGAUUGAAAUAACAUCGUAUUCUACGAAACAAUGAAUAAAUGACGGACCAAAUGUUGUUUGUAAUAAAUGGUGGAUUCAAAAUUAAACUACAAAUCAUGAUAACGAAAACACGUUGGUUGUUAAAAUUUCAAAGAAGCAGCUUUUUGCUACCCUAACGUUUCUCUGAAGCUCCUUGAGGGUGGCGUAUAAUUUUGGACGACCUUUAAUUAACUACUGAAAUAAUUAAAUUUAAAAUUACAGUCAACUGAAAUUUAACGUGUCUCACAUAGAAGUAGAAUUACAAUUUUCUGUGGCUGAAUCAGCAUUCUUAAUCAACAUUUUUUUUUUUUUUUUUUUACGCGUUCAUAUUUACCAACCAACCAUGCAGACACCGUGAAAUAUGAAACGCGUCCGCAAAGUUCAUGAACUUAUAACACACGUUUAAUCGGUAUGGGAAUAAAUUUCAUUUAUGGAGAUUCAUAAUUUUAAAAAAAAAAUCGACUGUUUGUAAACAGAUAAAUCGCAAUCAAUUGUGUUCUGCAUUGCAAUCCACCGUGUUAUCUACACGAAUUUUGGCAAAGUGCCGUUCACUCCUGAGUAAACAAAAACUGGAGAGUUAUGAAAUUAUAAUGAUCUUACUGUCUGCGAAGCUCGUUGUAAAGUAUAAUAAUUCACAUUUAACGCGAUACAUAAUUUUUUAUAAAGUCUUGUAUAACACGUGCCAAAUAUAACGAACAGUACGGCGAAUAAAUGAAUUCGCUAAUAUGUAUGUACGGUCACGGAACUCGUUUUUACACCGAAGGCGUAACGCAAACGAAUGAUGUGUGUGUAUGCCUGUAUAUGUAUUGCCUGCCGGGUCACUAUUAAUCACGAUGCAAGCUUUUUUCAAGCUUGUUUCAGCUGAAAGCGGUAACAGAACUUCAAAUACAUAAUCUCCGUUUCUCCAGAAGAAUAAGUUUAAUCUUUCGACUAACGGGUUACCCAGGAAAUAUUGUUGCCUUCCUUCGCUUGCGAUCUUUCGGAGUUUCUGGCCUUAAGUCUAGAAAUAAGUUUUUCGCAUUCAGUUAGAAUAAACCAGGUUUUGACACACGACAUCGAUCACGUGAUUACCAAUAAGAAUCACUGUAACGAUUUUUGAAAUCCUCGGUACUGAAAUAAAGAUUUCUGAAAUUUGAAAGUAAAUUAUACUACAUAUUUAUGCGAGACA